AUUUUUUCUUUAAUUUAUAUUAAUUAGGCUAUAUAACUCAUAUAUUCUAUGCUUCUCUUAAAAGAGAUGUAUUUCAAAAAACUGUGUUCUACCCUUUUUCGGUACUUGAAAAUAAGUUCAACUAGUCCUGAUUUAUGAAUAUUCUCCCUUUUCAAUUUCCCUUUCUCGUCACGUUGAUUGUAUUUGUCGUCACCAUUUACAAACGACUCCCCAAAAAAUAACUUUUCAUUUUCUCCCCAACCGCUUUUCCAUCUUCCGGACACCAGAACUUCUCCAUCUUUCUCUCCAUUCUCGAAGAAUCUCAGAUUCAGAAACCCUAAAAUUCUUCAGAAAAUCUAGACAACCGCAAAACCUAAUUCAUCAUAAAUGGGCGAAUCUCACGCUCAUCAUCGCGUAUCUGUUCAUCAAGCUCUCGGUGCUGGUUCUGUGGCAGAUGUACUAUUAUGGAGAAAACGUUUCGGAAGUAUUGCUUUACUAGUUUCGUCAACAUUAUUAUGGUUCCUCUUUGAACAUGCUGGUUAUAAUCCUUUAUCUUUUGUCGCUAAUGUGCUUUUACUCCUUGUGAUCAUCCUCUUUUUUUGGGCUAAAUCCGCGUCUCUUCUCAAUAGACCUCUUCCCCCUGUCCCUGAUUUGGAGAUAUCAGAGAAGUCUGUUGAACAGGCAGCUGAUGUGAUUCGAGCAUGGGUUAAUCAUGCAUUGGCACUUGCUCAUGAGAUUGCCAUUGGUGGGAAUCUGAGGAUUCUUCUUCAGGUUGCUGCGUUGUUGUGGUUUAUUUCCUCUAUUGGUAGCUUGUGCAAUUUCAUCACAUUUGUCUACAUUGGAGUGCUUCUUGCUCUAUCAAUUCCAGUGUUGUAUGAUAAUUACCAGAGCCAGAUUGAUGAUAAGCUGCUUGUAGCGUUUAGAAUCAUCGAGACCGCUUACAGAAAGGUUGAUGCAACUGUACUGAGAAAGAUUCCAGUUUCUUUUUACAAGAAGAAGAAGAAAAGUCAGUAGGUUGAAUCGGCUACAAGGGAUGGCUGGAUUGACCGUUCUAUUUGAGGAUUAGAUGGAGAGUUGGCAUUUCAGAUUUGAGAUUUGAGAAUGUCCAUAACAGUUGAAGAAGAGGAUGAUCAAUUAGGUGUACUAAUUUUGUUUAUCUGUGUUGGUUUUCUGAAACAAGCUGCCUGUGAGACCUUGGUUGUGACUAUGAAGCCUUAAUGAUUCAUCCCUUAGAAGUUACAAGGCCAGUGACAGUGAAUUGUGGGCUUGAUAUUUGGCUAUUUUUUUGCCGUUCCCUAUUUUUCAAGCGUGAGCAGGAUUAUUCUGUAUAUAGUAAUUAAAAUAAAACUACACAAAGUAGGAGAAAUUAAUUGUUGAAGUCUUGAUCUUGAAUAAGCAAGCGAUUUGUGUAUUUGUAUAUGUUGUAAAAAUUAUGCGACCAUUUCUCGAGACUUCUCAUUCCUUAAGCUUACAUUUGAAAAGGUGUACUUUCCAAUUUCAGCACUUUUGAUAUAAUUCUGAAUUAAUGGAUUUUAUUUGAUGUUUUUCAGAGUAUUAUUUUUGAGAGGGGCUUUCAAGAUGUGCAUACGACUACACUUUCUUAGAUACAAUGUUCAAGAUUGGUAUGUGCGACUCGAUUAUUUUUGCAUUGAGGUUUUAAGGAGUCGGAAAAUCUUGUAGCUCUAGAUUAGAUCACUCUAUGGCUUUCUUCUGGAAUUGAGAAAGAAGAGUGUAACUGUGUAAGAUUUGUUCUAGUGGUGAACUGGAGAUCAUCACUUUUUCUCUGAAGCAGGAAAAUGGCUUACAUUAGUGUGUAACUCAUCAUCAUUAGUUUUGCUUGUAUUUUCUCGGUGAUGGAGACUCGAUUUGAAACUGGAAAUAGUUGAGCGCCUUUGAUGGCAAAUUGUAGAUAUUUAGUUUAAGAUGUGUGUGCUAACCUUUUUUCUCUUUUUUUUUUUUUUGAGAAAAAUCUUUUUUCUCCAAGUCUUAACAAAAAUGAUAUUUUCUCAUGUUUGUUU